ACAAAUCCUAAAUCCCAACCACACUGACGACAGCACAGGAAGAGCGCAGAGGCAAAGAUCAGACCCGGCGGCGCGGCAAGUGCCGCAGGACCAGGCGCGGCGCCCGGCCAGGGCGCGCCACGAGUGAGCACGGGCGAGGGGAGGAGUGCCGCGAGCCAGCGAGCGCGAGGAGGGCGCGGCCGUCCCUCCACGAGCGGCGCUACCGGGCAAACGAAUGGUUGAUCUUAUUUCAAGAUAUUCCUGAAGACCUAUAUUACAGUCAUGAAGUCGUCAGACAAGCAAGAGACACUGCCAAAACCACGGCUCAUUGUCCGUCUUGGCAUAUUCCUUGCAUCUCACCACAUUUUCUUCAGUGUUAUUUGCUGUUUUGCAGGCAUUAUCGCGCUCCUCCUCCUCCCUUCACUUGCCAAAAACACAUACCUCUCGGAGAAUGCUCUUAUACCUGGCUCUGCCAAUCCAUUAUUUUCCACUGAAGAUGUCAUCGAAGCAAACAGAUUUAUGAAAGGAAUUGAAGCUGUGGCUAGGGACUCAAGAGGUGGAAUGGAGGCAGCAAAGUUCAUAGCACAACAAAUAGAACAUCUGGGUGCAGAAGUGUGUUACCAUAAGUUCCUCCCUCAUAGCAAGCAUUUUCAUCCUCUGAAGUUCUUCACUUCCAUGACAAAUAAUUUGGCAAUUCAACCUAAUGGCACCGACACCAAUUUUGGUAUAAACACUAUUGGCAUUAUACGAGCUCCUCGGGGUGAUGGGAAAGAAGCAAUAGUGCUUGUUACUCCUUAUAAUUCUCAGAGAGUUCAGUCAAAUGAACUAUUGUCACUGGCCCUUGGUUUCUCUGUAUUCUCCCUCUUAAGUCGAGCAGCAUGGCUGUCCAAGGAUAUUGUGUGGCUAUCCGCGGACUCACAGUUUGGAGAGUAUGCUGCAGUCUCUAUAUGGUUAAACCAGUACCAUAAUCCUGUGUUUUCGAGUCAUUCAGUGAUAUUAGAUACCAAGAUGCAUGGUGCAUACCAUGUAUAUGAUGGCAACACAGAAAAGACAGAAUUUAAGGUUUUCAAACGUGCUGGAACAAUGGCUGCUGCUCUCAUAUUUAAAGUGGGGGAAACCAGAAAAUAUGGUGACAGAGAUAGUGUUAGGAUGUAUGCAGAGGCAUCUAACGGACAAAUGCCAAAUUUGGACCUUCUGAAUGUGGUACACUAUUUAGCUGUUCAUAGGCAAGGUUUUCUUGUGAACAUUGCGGCAUUUAGCUCUUUGUUAAGCUCUGCAUGGCUUAGGGUUAUUGCUGAUUUUUUUCAAACUCUUGGGAGCGUGUUAAGAAAAAUAAAUCCUGACUGGAAGCUUGAUGUUGCGGUCCCUGAUUAUGUAGAGGGGACUGCAAACCUUGCUAACUCUAUGUACAACCAGGCUCUUGGAGUGCCCACAGGAUCCCAUGGCGCUUUUCGCGAUUAUCAAGUUGAUGCAGUUUCCUUAGAAUUUUCACCAACAUUUCAUGUCAGAAAUGAGAAUGCUAAAUCUUCAUUUCUUCUAAGGGGUGGAAGGCUAAUUGAAGGAGUUGUGCGUUCUGUGAAUAACCUGCUUGAGAAGUUCCAUCAGUCAUUUUUCCUGUACUUCCUUACAGCUCCAAGCAAGUUCAUUUCGGUUGGUGUGUAUAUGAUUCCGUUUGCACUGCUUGUGGCACCCCUCCCAAUAGUUGCUGCCGCUCUUGCUGCUGGCAGUAAAAGCAUGGAAAAAUCAGCAGAUAAGUCGAUAGAUGACAGUAAGGCAAAUGGUAGUGCUGAUAUUCUGCAAAGCAAGGGUGGAUCAUGGAAAUGGCUUCAAGCUGCAAAAGUAUUGCUUGUUAUCCAACUUUGGGCAGUUCUUGUUUCACUACUUCCAUAUUACAUUACUCAAGUUCCCGAAGCCACACCAAUACAAAGUGCACUGAUUUGGGCCGUGCUCUCCAUAGUUCUAUUGAUCACCUUGUAUUUUAUCUUCGGCUCACCAUACUCAGCUGGUGAUGAAUGGAAAUUACUGAAAGCCACAAUGAUCACUUCCAUCACCAUCGGUCUGGGGCUCAUGUCCAUCAUAAAUUUCGCCACUGCUCAACUUGGGGCUCUGAUAUUGAUCCCAAUGUGUUUGUUUUCUCGGCCGCUGAAGGCACACUCUGGAAUGAAUUUCCUUCCUCAGGCAGUACUGUUGGCUUCAAACAUAACUCUUGCUGUGUUGGGUUUUCCUCCAGUUGCAUUGCUGAUUAUAAAAGGGCUGUCCAAGGGGUCGUGGACAGUAGAUGUUGGAGAUUUCUGGGUGUGGAUGGAGUUCUUGUGGGAAUGGAGUAGCGCCACAUAUCUGUACCUAUUUCUUGUCCAUCUUCCCUGCUGGCUUCUAUGUAUCCAUGUGUUGCUGCACCCAUGCCGCCAAGCGGAAUCAAAGGUGAAGCAGGAGUAGCCUGUUUGGUCUCUGAAAUUUUUGGGUGGUCUAUAGAACAGUGUAAACGACAUUUUUGGCCUGCUGACCAUUUGCUGAAAAGUUUCGAACUUAUUUCCUGAGGUGUAAUGGGACUGUAACAUAGAAGAAUUCAUCACUGGUAAGAGCAACGGUUGGGAGUUGGGACAGUAACGCCUAACUACUGUAACAUGGUUGCUGGAAGGCCGAAGCAUUCUGGUUAUCCCAGCUGCUGCAGAUCUGUAGCAUAGCAUUCUAGAGAUAUGCCGUUCUGUUUAUCCUCGCUUGGAAAUGGGGUGAACUAGCAAAUGUAUCUUCAGCCUAAGCACAUUUUCGCUGCAGGGCUUCCCGUA